GGCUUUAGUUGUUUCUACUCUCCAGAGUGUCAGCUAGUUAUUUGUGGGGAGGCGCUGUAGCCAUUUCGCCACAUGAAAGCCCGAUGAGCUGAACGACCAACAUCCGAGUUGUUUGUGGAGAAGAGAAAUCAGCUUUGAGGAGCACCGCGCGCACACACACGUACACGAACUCGCGCGCACAGACACGUACACUUCCUCCUCCUCCGUUGUGGAAAAAGAGAGAGAGAGAGGGGGACAGAGAGAGGGCACACGAAACGCAAACUUCCAACUCUCCCAUGUGGAAAGCAGAGGUUUGAGGAUAAGAUUUAUUUUUUCCUCUUCGGGGCUCCGUUCCUUCCCCCCCCUCUCUCCCUCUCUCUUGAAGUGUUUUGCCCGGAUAGUUGUGUGUCUAUGAGAGUCUUGCUCGCCGAGAAGAGAAGUUUGGUUGUUUGCCUGGUCGGCUGAGGAGGAGGAGGAGGAGGAGAAGAGUCGGGUUAAAAGUGGGGGAAGAUGGUCCGCAACGCCGCUUGGAGAAGAAGCUUGCUUUGCGUUCUGGCGCUCAGUCUCAGCUUUGCGUCCCCGCCGUGCAAUGCUCGGAUUUACACCAACCACUGGGCAGUCAGGAUAGCCGGUGGAGCCGAUGUGGCCGAGCGGAUAGCGGAUAAAUAUGGCUAUAGGAACAUGGGACAGAUUGGGGAUCUCAAAGACCACUAUCACUUCUUCCAUAGCCGGACCAUCAAGAGAUCUACUUUGUCCAGCCGCGGUCGCCAUAGUUUCAUCUCCAUGGAGCCCAAGGUGGAGUGGAUACAGCAGCAGGUGGUGAAGAGGAGGAUCAAGAGGGAUUACAAGCCAGUGCCGCCCUUUUCACUUACAAGCCCCGCCCACAGCAACCCCGACCAGAACAACAUAUUCUAUAAUGAUGCCAAGUGGAGCAGUAUGUGGUACAUUGGUCAAGCUAAGAGAUUCUGUUUACCACCAAGAUUUGUCACAGGAAAGUCCACAGAGCACUGUAACGACGACGUCCAUAACUGCCAGUCGGACAUGAACAUCAUGGGGGCGUGGAAGAGGGGCUACACGGGUAAAGACGUAGUGGUGACCAUACUAGAUGACGGCAUCGAGAGGAACCACCCAGACCUCUUUCAGAACUACGACCCUCAAGCCAGCUAUGAUGUCAACGGUAACGAUAUGGAUCCCAUGCCUCGAUAUGACGCAACCAACGAGAACAAACACGGGACGCGGUGUGCGGGCGAAGUUGCUGCAGCCGCAAACAACUCCCACUGCAUUGUGGGAAUUGCAUACAAUGCCAGAAUAGGAGGUGUGCGAAUGCUGGAUGGUGAUGUAACAGAUAUGGUGGAGGCCAAGUCUCUGAGCCUCCAGCCGCAGCACAUCGACAUCUACAGUGCCAGCUGGGGACCUGAUGACGAUGGAAAGACCGUGGAUGGACCCGCAUCUCUGGCCAGGCAGGCCUUCGAGAAUGGCAUCCGCAUGGGGAGGAAGGGGCGGGGCUCCAUUUUCGUGUGGGCUUCAGGCAACGGCGGGCGCAGCAGAGACCAUUGCUCCUGCGACGGCUACACCAACUCUAUCUACACCAUCUCCAUAUCCAGCACAGCUGAGAGCGGACGCAAGCCAUGGUACCUGGAGGAAUGCUCGUCCACACUGACCACCACCUACAGCAGCGGAGAGAACUACGACCGAAAGAUUAUCACAACAGACCUGAGACAUCGAUGUACAGACAGUCACACAGGGACAUCGGCCUCGGCUCCCAUGGCUGCUGCCAUUAUUGCUCUGGCCCUGGAGGCAAAUCCUCUUCUAACAUGGAGAGAUGUUCAACACAUUAUUGUAAAGACCUCUAGAGCCGGACAUCUCAGUGCCCCUGACUGGAAGACCAAUGCUGCUGGUUACAAUGUCAGCCACCUAUAUGGCUUUGGUCUGAUGGAUGCUGAGGCGAUGGUGAAAGAGGCAGAGCGAUGGAAGCAAGUCCCUUCUCAGCACGUCUGUGUAGAGAGUGCAGACCGACAAAUAAGAACUAUCCGUCCAGAGCAUGUGGUUCGGUCAGUGUACAAGGCAACAGGAUGCACUGACAACCCCAACCACCAUGUGAUCUACCUGGAGCAUGUGGUUGUACGCAUUACAAUCACACACCCUCGCCGUGGGGACCUGUCAAUCAAUCUGACCUCACCCUCGGGGACCAAGUCUCAGCUGCUUGCCAACAGGUUGUUUGAUCACUCCAUGGAGGGCUUUAAGAACUGGGAGUUUAUGACCACCCACUGCUGGGGAGAGAAGGCAGCAGGCGACUGGGUCCUAGAGAUCUAUGAUUCACCUUCUCAACUCCGCAGCCAGAAAGUACCUGGCAAGCUGAAGGAGUGGUCACUGGUGCUGUAUGGCACCUCUGUGCACCCAUACUCGCCUCUGCGCAGCGAUAAGCCCCGCUCCACAGACAUGCUGACGCCCACCGAUGAGGAGUUCACAGAGGAGUACAACGGCCCCUGUGACUCUGAAUGCAAUGAGAAUGGCUGUGAAGGCCCUGGACCCCAUCACUGCAUCAACUGCCUCCACUAUUUCCUCAAGUUCAAGAACAACACCAGGAUGUGUGUGUCGGAGUGCCCCAGUGGCUUUUUCCGUGAUGAUAGGAAGCGCUGCAAGAAGUGCUCCUCGUUGUGUGAGACCUGCGUUGGUAGCCGUGGCGACCAGUGCACCACAUGCAGGACUGGUUUCCACCUCAACGAGGGCUCCAACACGUGUGUCGCCAACUGUGGCGACGGCUUCUACCUCGACCAUGAUUCCAACAUUUGCAGGAGAUGUCCAGAGAACUGUAAGAAGUGCACCACCUCCAAUAUCUGCACGGAAUGUAAACCUGGAACGAGUCUUCAAGGAAACAAGUGUCAGAUGACAUGUGACCCAGGGACUUAUUACAACGGCCACAGAAGGACUUGUGAAACCUGUCAUCUGGCAUGUGCUACAUGUGCAGGCAUAGGUAUAGAGGCGUGCACAAAGUGUGCAGAAGGCUACUUACUUGAGGACUGGCGGUGUGUUUUAACAUGCAGCUCUGGCUACUACCUGUCAGAGCAGACCUCAGACAAUGGGCAGGUGCAGAGGUCCUGUAAAAAGUGUGACCAUAGCUGCUACGAGUGCUCAGGGCCCGGUGAAAGGAACUGCAGCAGCUGUGUCAGUGGUUACAAUCUGGAGGCAGGAGCUUGUGUGGUCAGCACCAUCUGCAAAGAUGCAAAUGAAGAAUCUUGGGCAGAAGGCAGUUUCUGUGUGCUUGUUAAAAAGAACAAUCUUUGCCAGAGGAAAGUGCUGCAGCAACUGUGCUGCAGAACGUGCUCGCAAAAGGGCUGACGGGACGUACUCGCUGGGCGUUAAGGGAGCGCGGGGAGGAUGUGGGGGCACAUGGGUCACCCCUCCUUCUUGAACCCCCCCUGCCCACUCAUUCACAGUCACAUAAUUUAUAAGAAAAUCUGUGCCUCUUAAAGGGACUGCAUCGGAGGUGCGAUGACAGGACUACAACAAACCUACCUUUUUUCUGUACUGGGACACACACACGUCGUCAGGGUGUAAAAUGACUGGGACUUAUUUCAAGAACAAACGAACAAAUGAAAACAAACAAAAGAAUAAAAGUGUCGGCAUUUUGUGACCAAAGCAUCGAUGCCAAAAUAAUUGAACCUUCUUUUUUUUUGUUGCCAGUGUAGGAAGUAUAUCUUAAAACAGGAGCCACUGAGCCUGUGAAUCUCUGAAUACGUCUGUGUGCAUUUUUAUUUUGGCUCCUCUUCCUCCUCUCUUUCCAGUUAACAAUAAACAGAUGGAAAGUGA